AUAUAAGCUUGAAGUCCAUUAAAAACAGUACGGGCCUUGAACAAGGAAGUAAGCAGGACUUGCCGUAUUCAACGCGCAGAUCAACGAGCCAAUCGUAGCCGAGUUCAAGCUCGUUUAGCUGAACGCGCCAAUCAUAACCUAGUUAGAGUCUGGAACCGCGAGCCUUUGAGACGAGUACCUUGAGUGCGCCCGUUUUGACUCGCUACUGUAAAGGAGAAUGAAGAGCAUCCAAUUCAAUUUUAGGCGACAAUGUCAACAGGAUCCAGAGGAGGCCGGGUCCGACUCUGUCAGUGAUCUUGUCGAUAUUGAUUUUGCUGAGCCACCAGCAACACAAGAUGAAGAUUCGGCCAGCAGUAGCCUUAACACUGGCGUUGCCCCUGCUUCGCCAACCUCUGCCGGUGGGAAACAAUACAAAUACAACGCACAGUGGGAGAAAGCUUUCCCGUGGUUGCAUUUAGAAGGAAAUGUUAUGUUUUGCAAAUAUUGCAAGGCCGAACCACAACUUGCAGGCAAGCUUUCUUCGUUUGUGGUGGGAAAUCCUCACUUGAAGAAGGAUACUGUUAAAAAACACAACGCGUCGAAAAAGCACAUUGAGUGCAGAGAUAUCCACAUCAUCAAGAGUACCAACGAAUACCCGGUGACAGUUCAAUCGGCUCUGAGGAGGCAGAACAACUUUCCGGCGUCACAUUUUACCUCACCUCUCAAGAUGACGACUCCUCAGUAUGACCUGUCACACACGCUCCCUCCCCACACGCUGACCCGGCUGGCACGGGAGUGGCUGGCAGAGGACACACCAAACUUUGACCCUGCAGGGCUGUGUGUGGGGUCACAUGAGGUCGAGGCCAAGUUGUUGUGUAAAACGCCAUGCAGCGUGCUGGCGGGCAGGCCUUUCUUCACUGCUGUCUUCACUGAGCUCAGCUGCACUGUGGAAUGGGCACACAUAGAGGGAGCACAGCUGGGUCCGGAUGCAGUGGCCCAGACUGCUGUGGUCAGAGGCCCAGCAAGGUGCGUCCUCCUCGGGGAGAGACCGGCCCUCAACUGCCUGGCCCGGGCCUCGGGGAUAGCCACCCGCUGCUCCCAGCUACAGAGCAUCGCCAGGGAGGCAGGCUGGCAUGGCCAUGUGGCUGGCACGCGUAAAACCACCCCUGGGUUCCGGCUGGUGGAGAAGUAUGCCAUGCUGGUGGGCGGUGUGUCCAUGCACAGACAGGACCUGAGUGGGAUGGUGAUGCUGAAAGACAAUCAUAUAUGGGCAUCAGGGAGUAUCACACAGGCGGUGAGGAACGCCCGCUCGGUGUGUGGCUUCAGCAGUAAGAUCGAGGUGGAGUGCGGCAGCCGGGAGGAGGGCAGUGAGGCAGCCACGGCAGGAGCCGACAUCGUCAUGCUGGACAACUUUAAGCCACAGGAACUCCAUGCAGCAGCCCAGCUUCUGAAGGAGGAGUUCCCAUCUGUGCUAAUUGAGGCCAGUGGAGGGGUGACCCCAGACUCCCUGCCCCAGUAUCUCUCCCCCCAUGUGGACAUCAUCUCUCUGGGCUGCAUAACCCAGGGCUGCCCUGUGGUAGACUUCUCCCUCAAGGUUCAAAAACCUGUUGCCUUUCCAAUAAUUUUCCAAUCACAGUAACUGUGCCAAUUCAGGAUUUGUUAAUAAAGUGAAAAUAAAAAGCAAUGGUCAAUUUCCUCACUUUUGAUCCUGGAGAUGAUCAAAUGGAGAAAAAAAAAUCCAGGAAUGUUACAUGAGAUUUAAAACUGACAUUCAGAGAUGGUGACUGUAUAAUUUCUAUGAUGUGUACAACUAAUUUAGAAAUCAUUAUUAAAACUGUGAAGUAAGACUGUUCCCUCGGUUUCUUUUGUCCCAAAGUGAUCAUUAUCUAUUAUAUGGGAUAUGUUUUAGAAUCCCAAAUCUUUAUGAUCCACUGGAAGAGAAGAUUACAAAUUAGUAACUAAGUCACUAUACCUUCAUAUGGAUUAAACACACUGCACUUCUUCCACUAAAAGUUAGACACUUAAGUUAAACAUGCAUAAAAUGUCCAUCUUUGAAUUUCCAUUAUAUAGGCCUAAUAAUGCCAUGCUCAAACCGCGUUCGCAUGCCCCAUCGUGCGCAAAAUGACUUUGUCCCCCUACACCAAACGCGAUCACGACAAGCAGGUUGAAGUAUCAAAACAAACUCUGAACCAUUUGGGGACAGGUCGAAAAGCAUUAAACAGCAAGCUAGCUAAAUUGCCAUAAAUGUUUAAUGCUUUUCGACAUGUCCCCAAAUUAAUGUAAUUGGUUCAGAGUUUGUUUUGAUAUUUUAACCUGCGUGUCGUGAUUGGUGUGGGGAGACAAAAUACAUUUAUGCACGAUGGCGCACGCGCGCAGCCGGUUUGGGUUUCGUGUAGUAUCGCUUGGCAACGCAGACGCUCGUUGGCGUGCGCGAGCAGUAUGGGUGCAACGAUUGAAUAAUAUGUAUGUGUACAUUUUAUUUUGCAACGAGGUGUGGUCAGCAUGUAACUGUGGAACAAGUUUCAGUUUUGAUUAUGGUUGAUAGGUACCAUUUCCCCGAUAUGACGUGGGUGGCUAGGGCAUAAAACACAGGAGGGUUUCAGGAAAUCAAUCUCUUCCUAAAUGGAACUAUCUGGCAUUAUAACCAGAGCUCUUUCAAAACGCGUUGCUUGUUGCCAGCUUCAUUACAGAAACACCAAGAAGCUCCAAUUGACUAGACCUAGAGGAAACCGUGCUAUGGUAAUCUGAGGCGGCUAGCAGAUGUAAAAUGAACGGUUCACAACUAAAGUACAGGAAGUAUUAUGUGAUUGAUACCAAAGGCUCUAUUCAAUCUGUAUCGUGGAAUUGUUACAAAUUGAGUGCUAGAAAUGUAAAGGUAAUUUCCUUUUUGUGACGACAUCUGCAGUGUUUACCGUGAAUGCAGUCUACGCUAUUGCGGGAACAUUGCCUUUAAAUUUGAUAUAACACUGAAUUGACUCGAUAGAGUGAAUAGAGCCAUAAGAAGAGUAUUUUGUGUGUGUUUGUGGUUGUAAAAAACAAGUAUUCAUUAUUUCUGACUAUUCUGUUUUCUACUAUUUCUCUGUGAGCUUCUCUUUCUACCUUUCUGAUGGUCGUAAGGGCGCAAACACGGCUGAAAAGCCACAAACAAACGGCUGAAAAGCCACAAACAAACGGCUGAAAAGCCACAAACAAGCUGCUGAAAUGCCACCGAUGACUGGCUGAAAUGCCACCGAUGACUGGCUGAAAUGCCACUGAUGAUCGGCUGAAAUGCCACAUUCGAAUGCCACUGUCAGAUAAGUCAUCUUCUGUCAAGUAUACUUUCACUAAUGUUCACACAAAGAAAAUAGCAUAUUUUGUGCAUUUAUGUCAGACAGUCAUAAUCAGUCAUUUAAUGUUAAUGACAGGAUAUAAUAUGUCCCCAGGAUUAUGAAAAGAGAGACAACACUUUCCCAGGGGCAAUGGAGAAAACGAACAGGGACCUUAUCGAUCUCAUCGCUCAAUUCCCACAUCUACACCUGUGUGGUGGAGAUGAGGAGAUGGACUGGAUUGAUCAAGAAAUGGGAGUGACCUGCUGCCAAGAAGAGGAGCACAAUGAGGAAAUGGACUGGAUCUCAUCAAGCAAUCCAAAUUUCUGCGUCUGGAGAGAAAGAGAAGAUGAAGAUGAUGAAGCCUAAACGGUGUCAACUGGAUGGAUUGUCAUCAAAACAUCUUUGCAUUAAGGCCAGGAAAUUGGUGCACAACGCAGCUGCAUUUUGCACCUCCACCCGGUACAGCCAGAAGAGGACUGGCCACCCCUCGGAGCCUGGUUCCCCUCUAGGUUUCUUCCUAGGUCCCUGCCUUCUAGGGAGUUUUUCCUAGCCACUGUGCGUGCUUGUACAUUGCUUGCUCUUUGGGGUUUUAGGCUGGGUAUCUGUAAAGCACUUUGACAACUCCCUAAUGUAAAAAGGGCUUUAUAAAAUGUAUUUUAUGGAUGCACACUGACUUCAAGUCAAGUGUCGAUAGUAUAUAGUAUGAUUCUUCUUUGGUCUUUGGCAGUCACAUUGAAAUGUAGAAAUAUGUUGUUUUGUGUUUAUUUUUCCACUCAUCUAUGGUUUAUUGGCCGAGAGCACAAGUGAACACUGGAGGAACUGGUGUUUUGUUGAAAAUGUUGUCUUGUUACCCAUUUGAGCCACUAAUUUCUUAUGGUGGGAGGGAUGUCGUUCGUGGCUGUUUAGGGCCACCGGCGAUGAAGAUUGGUAGAGAGGGGGCGCAAGGGAAUGAGAUUAGAUAGGGACAUGUUUUUAGGAGUGCUAGCCCUCACCCCUAAUUUAUGUUUGGAGCUCAUCUGGAAAAUCUGCCAAGUACUCUGUUACUCUAUUUCUAACCAAAAAGUGAACUCUGCAUUAAUUUAAAAGAUUGCAUUAAUUUAAAAGAUUGUAUAAUAAAGUCUAUCUAUUUUUUGUUCA